UUUCGCUAACUGACAGAGUGUUUUAUUAACAUGCUGGCAUACUGACGGGCGUAUUAGUAAAUUUCAAGAGUGUAGCUCUUAGCUAAUCGUGAUAGUUACGUUAUCGUAACUCCGUUUGCAGCAUUUAUCUUACGGUAACUACACAGUCUUAUUUAUUUAUUCUCAUUAAAUUUUUCACCAUGUGGUGUUCUGCUAGUGAUAUGGCUGUUUCCUUUCCUGAAGCAAGGCUAAGUACUCAAGUCUGCCCACGCUGUAAUGAAAAUACAGUGGAUUUGAGCUUAUUGCCUUGUCACCACUCUUUCUGUAAGCUUUGUUUAAUACAGCUAACUCACAGCCGAAUGUGGAAUUUUGCAGAUUGUUUUAUUUGUCCGAGUUGCCAUAAAAAGGCAUUUUUACCUAAAGAUUGUGAGUUAGUAUCACCCAAUGCUUUGCUCAAUACCAUUCUAGGCAUAGUCGAUGAUUUUAGUUCUCAGAUGGAUGAUUCUGAUGUAUUGUGCACUUCAUGUGAUGAAGGUAACAAAAUUGUAGCUAGAUGUAAAGAUUGCAAUGAAGUUCUAUGUGAUAACUGUGUUAGAGCACAUCAGAGGGUCCGACUGACAAAAGAUCAUAUAAUUGAUACAUUCCCUACAGAUUGGUUGGACUAUCAAAUUGCACUUAACUCUUUAAACUAUACUACCAAGACAAUUAAUUUCUGUGAACAUCAUCCCUCCAAAGUUUUAAGAUUAUAUUGUGAACUAUGUAGAGAGCCUAUGUGUAAUGAUUGUACUAUGGAUGUUAAACAUUCUGGUCAUUCUAUGAGUUAUUUACAAGAUGCUGUUGGAGAUUGUCGUCAGACCACCUUAACAAUUUUAGAAGAGGCAAAAAAUAAUUUGCGUACAAUUGAGGAAAGCAUACAAAUGAAUCAAAACAUGGCAGAUGAUGUAGAAUUGAAAGUUCAAAGUGUUGCAGCAGAAAUUAGAACAACUGUCAGAAGACACAUGUCUGUCCUUGAAGAGAGAGAAAGAGACUUACUACGCCAGCUUGAAAAAAUACGUCAGGUGAAAGGCAGAGCUUUAUUGAUGCAAAUUAAAGAUUUGAAAUCCUUGUUGAAAGAUGUAUCUGAAAUGAUAGAAUUUAUACAGUGUAUUUUAGAUACUGGUAGUGAUAUUGAUAUUUUAGAAGCCAAGGAAAAAUGCUUACUGGAAAUGAAUGAACUAAGACAGCGCCGUAGUAACAUGCAGCCUCGGGAAGAUGACAACAUAAUAUUUACACAGCCUGACAGUGCUCUUUUAAGUGCGAUUAGCACUUUAGGAUUUCUUAGUACAUCUGGCUUUGGUCCAAAUUCUGUUGCUGCUGGUGAAGGACUUCAGCAAGCUCUCUGUGGUCAUCAAUCUACAUUUCUUGUACAAGUAAAAGAUUAUUUAGGAGAACUUCAAGUAGUAGGAGGAGAUGCACUAUGUGCUGGUGUUCAAUCUCCAGAUGGCAGUAACUGUAAAGCCCAUGUUAUAGAUAGGCAGAAUGGAACAUAUGCUGUUUGUUAUAUACCUGAAGUUGUUGGGAAGCAUACUAUUUCAGUACUUUUACGUGGUAUGCACAUACAGCAAAGUCCAUUUCAUGUGAAUGUGCGAAUGGGCCGAAAUUAUAGCCAAAUAGGUAAGAUGUUAUUUUCUUUUGGAGGAGAGGGAGAUGGAGAAGGAAAAUUAUGUCGUCCGUGGGGUGUUUGUACAGAUAAGAGUGGUAAUAUCAUUGUAGCUGAUCGUAGCAAUAAUAGAGUACAAAUUUUCAAUCCAGAUGGUACUUUUAAACUUAAAUUUGGAGCACCUGGAUCAAGACCUGGUCAGUUUGACCGACCUGCUGGUGUAACAACCGAUCAUUUAGGUCGUAUAAUUGUUGCUGAUAAGGAUAACCAUCGUAUCCAGAUCUUUGAUUCUGAAGGUAAUUUUAUUUUAAAGUUUGGAGAAAGGGGAAGCAAAAAUGGGCAGUUUAAUUAUCCAUGGGAUGUUGCUGUUAAUGCAGAAGGUCAAAUUCUGGUAUCUGACACAAGAAAUCACAGGUUACAACUCUUUGCAUCAGAUGGAACAUUUAUUAAUAAAUAUGGUUUUGAUGGGGGUCUCUGGAAGCAGUUUGAUUCUCCCCGUGGUGUAACCUUUACAGCAGAUGGCCAUAUGGUGGUUACCGAUUUUAAUAAUCAUCGUAUCCUUGUCGUACAUCCUAACUUCCAGUCAGCAAGAUUCCUAGGUCAAGAGGGUUCAAACAAUGGUCAUUUUCUGAGACCUCAAGGUGUUGCAGUAGAUCCUGAAGGACAUAUUAUUGUUGCAGAUUCCAGAAAUCAUCGCAUACAGAUUUUUCAUCCUAAUGGUCAUUUCCUUUGCAAGUUUGGAACACCAGGAACUGGACCAGGCCAGAUGGAUAGACCAUCUGGUGUUUGCAUUUCUCCUGAGGGCUAUAUCAUAAUAGUAGAUUUUGGUAACAAUCGAGUUCAAGUGUUUUGAUUAUCUAUUUUAUUAAACUUUGACACACUGACCUCUGUAGCAUAAUUUAGCUCAGGGAAUUCUGAAGUCUUCAAGGCACGAAAAUGUUUUAGAGGUGCUUAUUUGCAUCAGUUCCUUUUUUAAAUUUUAUUUUAAUGUCAUGUGUGAUAAAGUUUUGUACCUCACUACUGUCAUUUUAUGACAAUUUUCUUCUACCUCAGAAUGUAGAAUCGUAAAAGAUCUGCUUAUUCAUAGGUUCCUUGCAGUGCUGCAUAGCAGUUACAGUUUGUUAUUUUUUAAAGUUUUAGUUUGUUUCAUGUUUUUAAAUAACUACUGGCGUUUAGUAAAUCGCCAUAUGUUUAUGUUGACGAUUUUCAUUAAAAUGAAUAUAAUUCCUUAAAUUACAAGAUGUGUCAUAAAUGUGACAAAAAAACUAUAAAUGGUACAUGUUCCUAAAGUUUAGCACUUAAAAGUGUGAAAAAGUGUUUUAAACUGUCUUUGUAACGAGAUGUAGGGUAAAUAUUUUUAUUUAUGCUUAUAGCACUGUAGCUCAUGUAAUAUCCACUUGCUAUUAUAGAUAUAUGAAAGUGGAUAGAAAAAAAAAAAAAAAAAAAAA